GUUAUAAGCCCGUGUAUGCCUAUCGCACGGUUUAUACGCGUUCUCCGCAUUCGAUUGUUGUUGUGUCUGUCUGCCACCAAUUGUUAUUGCGAUCGUUUCUCCGCGCCGCAGUUCACCCGCAGCCGUCAGUCUCCGCAGACCGUCUCACCGCCUCAGACGCGCACACGCACGCGACCAGAACGGACGCCGACGACCACCUGUUGUACAGUCGCGGUUCAGUUGUGUGCCGACCCGUACACGUUCUCCUGCCACGGCGGUCGUCUGCCGAUGUUUUCUAAGAACAGUGGACACUACGAUCUAGUUAACGAACAGUCCAAAAUGAAUACUCUAGAAGAAGCUCUUCGUCUGAUAAGAACGUCCUUAAACUCCCCUCAAAUGGACGUCGAGGGGGCCCAUUAUGAUCAGAACAUCACUCACCUGAUUGUUGUGAUGGGUGCUUCGGGAGAUUUAGCAAAAAAGAAGAUCUACCCAACUCUUUGGAUGUUGUUCCGCGAUAGGUUGAUUCCAGACAAGACAUUCAUCUAUGGAUAUUCCAGAUCAAAAUUAACCAUGGAACAAUUGAUUAACAACGUUUCACCAUAUUUAAAAUGCAACGAAAAUGAAAAAGAACGGCUUGCCGAGUUCUGGUCAUAUAAUUUCUACAUUGCUGGAUCGUAUGACAGUUCUGCUGAUUACCGCACUUUAAACGUAAAACUUUCCAAACACGAGAUUGCUGGCACCUCUAAUAGGUUGUUCUAUUUGGCUAUACCGCCCUCGUUAUUUGAAGUGACCACCUCUCAUAUUCAUGAAACAUGCAUGGAUCAUAAGGGAUGGACUCGUGUUAUAAUUGAAAAACCUUUUGGUCGGGAUGCUGCUAGUUCAUUGGAACUUAGUGAUCAUUUGGCCAAAUUAUUCAGUGAAGACCAAGUGUACCGUAUUGAUCAUUAUUUGGGUAAAGAGAUGGUUCAAAAUCUUAUGACACUCAGGUUUGGAAAUAGAAUAUUGAACACUGGAUGGAACAGAGACAACAUUGCACAGGUGCAAAUCACUUUCAAAGAACCAUUUGGUACAGAAGGUCGUGGUGGAUAUUUUGACAGUUUCGGUAUAAUCCGUGACGUGAUGCAAAAUCAUUUACUUCAGAUUCUCAGCUUGGUGGCUAUGGAGAAGCCAGCUACCAUACAUCCUGAUGAUGUUCGAAAUGAAAAAGUCAAAGUACUUAAAUGUAUACCAAAAGUGCAAAUGUCUGACGUGGUUUUGGGACAAUAUGUUGGUAAUUCGGAAGCUGCAGAAGAACACAAGAAAUUUGGGUAUUCUGAUGAUAAGACUGUACCAAGUGGAUCAAAAACAGCCACAUUUGCAUCAGCUGUAUUGAAAAUUAAUAAUGAACGUUGGGAUGGUGUACCUUUUAUACUAAAAUGUGGAAAAGCAUUGAAUGAACGCAAAGCUGAAAUCCGAAUUCAGUAUCAUGAUGUGCCUGGUGACAUUUUUGGGGGAGUCCUGAAGAGAAACGAACUUGUCAUUCGUGUCCAACCAGAUGAAGCUGUAUACAUUAAGAUGAUGACUAAACGACCUGGUAUUGGAUUUGAAAUGGAAGAAACUGAAUUGGACUUAACCUAUAAUAAUCGUUAUAAGAAUGUCAAGUUACCAGAUGCUUAUGAACGAUUAAUAUUGGAUGUGUUUUGUGGUUCACAAAUGCACUUUGUGCGUGCUGAUGAGCUUUCAGAGGCUUGGCGAAUAUUCACUCCUCUUCUCCAUGAAAUUGAAUCGAUUCAACCUGAACCAACACCUUAUGAGUACGGUACUCGUGGACCUGCUAAAGCUGAUGAUCUUUCUCUUGCAAACAAUUUCAAGUAUUAUGGAUCUUACAAAUGGGUGAAACCUCAUUCUUAGUUUACUUUUAAAUAUUGUUUUUCAUUUGGAACAAUAUAAUUUAUAUUAUAUAUUUAAUUACCGAACAUAAUAUAUACUUAUGUAAUUGCCUAUAAAAAUAAUUUAUUUAAAGAUCUGCCAUAUAAAUUAUUUUAAAACAUUCCGGUUACUCACUUGAAAUAACCCAUCAUAAAUUAUCAUUUGAAUUUCCUUUUUUUUUUUUAUCAUUUUUGUAUUGGUUUUUCUUAUGUUAUAAAUUUGUUUUGUUUUUGUUUGUUUAUCAAAAAAAAAAAAAAAACUUAUAAUUUAAUUUAAAUUAUGUUUGAUUAUUUUAAUCAACCAUAGUCUAGUAAACUUUAUUGUUUGUAUGUUAUAAUUUUAAAUUUUAGCAAUAACAUGAUUUAAAUUAACAGAAAUGCUCAUGUUAAAUUACUGACCUCAGGAGUAUUGUUCAACAAUAUAUUGUCUAGAAAAUCAAAUAACAUUCACUCACUAUUGUAUGUACAAA